CCUGAAUGUUACCAUACACCCGUGGCCCCUAGGUCAAAAGUAAUUAUCUUCUCCUGGUCCUGGUCCUGGUCCUGGUCAUAGCCUCAUCUUUAUCGUCCUUCACGAACAUUUUAAACCUCAUUUUCAUCCGUUGAUCACUCUCUUCUUUUCAAUCUGCACCGUCCACCACCAUAACAAACCCUUGCCGGUAAACAUGGCCGCCGCCGUCGUAGCUGCUACCACUACUCUCCAAAAAUCUCCAGCCACAUUUCACUCUCGUUCUCCUCAAACACACUCCACCAAUCCACCAAACCUCUCCUUCUCCGGCCUAAAACUCCCAAACCUAACAAUCAAACUCAAAACCAGAUCUCGCCGCUCCGGCAGUUGUUCCGGCGCUAAAAUGACCGACUCCGCCGCCGGAAGAUACGCCACAGCCCUCGCAGACCUCGCAAACUCAAACGGAACCCUAGACGCAACCGCAACCGACCUCGAGAAGCUCAACAAACUCUUCUCCGACGAAUCCGUACUAAACUUCUUCAUCAGCCCGAUCGUAAGCCUCGAGAACAAACGCGAACUGAUCGACGAUAUUACGUCAUCAGGAGUCCUGCAACUACACGUGUGCAACUUCCUCAACAUCUUGAUUGAAAGCAAACGGGUCAAUUUGAUUAAGGAGAUUGUGCAGGAGUUUGAGAUUGUUUACAAUAGAUUAACGGAGACUGAAAUGGCGAUCGUGACGUCGGUUGUUAAGUUGGAGAAGCAACAUUUGGCGCAGAUCGCGAAGCAGGUGCAGAGGCUUACUGGUGCCAGGAAUGUUAGGAUUAAAACGGCGAUCGAUGAGUCGUUGGUGGCUGGGUUUACGAUUAGGUAUGGGAAUGGUUUGUCCAAGUUGAUUGAUAUGAGUGUGAAGAAGCAGUUGGAUGAUAUUGCUGCUGAGUUUGAGAUUGGAGAUAUUGUGAUUCCUGUAUCAUGAUUGAUUGUGGUUUUCAUUGGAAGGAGGUGUAUUUUUUUGUGAGAUUAAUGGGAAUUGAGAUGUUACUGGUCUGAAACUUGUUUUUGGUGGUGUUCAUUGCAUCAGUAAAGGGUUUAAGAUGCUUUUACGGUUAGACUACUCGUAGUGGAGCAGUAUUUGGGCGUGGAUUGCCUCAAAAACUCCCCAAAACGUCCUCGCACCGCCCCGAGGCGUGUUUCUUCAAAACAAGGGUUGGGGCGUGCAAAAUUAAACGACGGAUGAAGAUUUUGUUGGCCAAUCACAUGUAUCCUUCUUUUUAUUUGUCCAAUACCUUUUUUUAUGGUUUUUUUAUUUAUUUAAUUUUUUACACCUCUUUUAACAUAAUGCACCACAAUGCCCAAAUCCCACUACACCCAUUUUAGAAAAACGCCACAUAAUGCCUCAUUGCUGACUGGACCACCACAUGGCAAAAAUGCCCAAGGGUGUUUCUUUACCACUACACAUGGUCUUACUAAUCCGAAACUACGUCUAUUAACCACCUAUAUAUGAUUCGAACCUCCAUCUUUUGAAUAGAGGGACACACGUUGCCACCGUGAUGAGACGUUCAAGAUGCUGAGAUGUCUUGUCAGUUGUGAAGAAUUGCUCCGCUUCAUGUGUUUUGAGUUUUGAUUGGCAAUUUGGCACUCAAGAGCUUAAAUCCUUUAACCGGUUCCUCCAGAACAGAAAUUCCCAAAAUGAUUGAUUGUUUGUUGCUUGAUUGUCUGCAAUGGCCUUUCUGCUGCUUUCUCUGGCAUUAAGAAAGACUUGGCAAUCAUAUGUGAAAACAAUACAACUUAUAUAGUUGGGACUAUCUCAUGGAUGGGGAUUAACCUCUUGUCUUGUUUUUACGAUUAUUUGGAAUCAUAUUAGUGGUUGGUGUGGCAUCCCCCAAAUCUUCGCCUUCUCUUUCAAAGAUUUAUCGGACAUUUACAAGUCUCUAAGGGUAAGUCAUUCGUAUAAGAAGGUUGUCCAUGGUAUAAUUAUCAUAGCAUAUUGGUGCAAGUGGAAAGCUAGAAACGCCAAGUAGUUCACUAACAAGACGAUUAAAAUGGAGAAGAUUGUGGUUUCUUUUGGCUCAAAAUAGGUCUAAGACCACCCGUAGUAGCGAGGUUUUUUUGGCGUUUUUCCCUUAAAAAAGGCCCCGUCCACGCCCCGGUUCCGCCCCUUUGGGCUUUUUUUUUUCAAAAAAAAAUGCACAAGGGUUUUAAAUGAAACGCUGGAUUUGUUGCGCUUUUCGAGAUUCGACCGUUUUAACAACGGUAAUAAGAAAAAAUAUAUAUUUUUUUUUUAAUUUUUAUUCCAAAUUUUUACCUAUAAAAAACCCCCACUAUCCACUCCAUUUUUUAUAAACUCUACCCUCUUCUCUUCAAUACUUCUUUAUAUUUUAUAAAAUAUUUAUAUCAUGAAUCCCUUCCGACCCCCUUUCGGUGUUCUGUCUAGACCUGGCAACCAAACUUCAUAUCGCCCGAACACUACUCAACCGCAACCGUCCUUCAAUUUCCAAGAGAUGGACCCAAGUAUGAUGGCGUACGCGCAAGUAUUAAGCAUGUCUCCGCAAUUUUUUCACGGUCCACACAGCUUUGCAUUCAUGGGCGGUUCGCAUGCGUCUCAAGAAGAAACC